AUGAAGACCAUUGCGACUGUUUGCAUGUUUCUUGCGGGGAAAGUUGAAGAAACUCCACGUCCUUUGAAAGAUGUUAUACUUGUUUCGUAUGAAAUUAUCCAUAAGAAGGAUCCUGCAGCAGUACAAAGGAUCAAGCAAAAGGAGGUAUAUGAACAGCAAAAAGAACUGAUUUUGCUUGGGGAGAGAGUUGUACUUGCAACUCUUGGUUUUGAUCUUAAUGUGCAUCAUCCAUAUAAACCCCUUGUUGAGGCAAUAAAGAAAUUCAAGGUUGCUCAAAAUGCCCUUGCCCAAGUUGCAUGGAAUUUUGUGAAUGAUGGGCUUCGGACCUCUCUAUGCUUGCAAUUUAAGCCCCAUCACAUAGCAGCAGGUGCCAUUUUUCUUGCUGCGAAGUUCCUCAAAGUAAAGCUCCCUUCUGAUGGCGAGAAGGUCUGGUGGCAGGAGUUUGAUGUCACCCCACGCCAAUUGGAGGAGGUUAGCAAUCAAAUGCUAGAAUUGUAUGAACAAAAUAGAGUGCCACCUUCUCAAGUGAGUGAAGCUGAGGGAAGUGCUGGGGGUACUCCACGGGCUCCCUCAAAUGCUCCUUCUGCCAAUGAUGAGAAUGUUACAAAUCAUGGUAAUCCUCAGGGUGGGGGAACUAUUUCCAAGGCAGGAACCUUGAAGCCGGCAUCAGUUCGGCCACUUCCUGAUCAUUCAUAUGCCGACAAUCUUGGUGCGCCCCCAAGGGGGGUUCAAAACCGAAAUAAUGAGUACGGAAGCACAGAGAUGAAUAGUGUUUUAGACCACAAGGGAGCUGGUGAGAUUAAGGACAAUCAUCACCAUGAACCAGAGGCAUUACCUCGCCAGGGGAACUUGGGGGACGUCCAGAAUUCAUCAAUGUUUGGUUCUGAGGGACAUGACCAUGAAGAUGCAGAAAGGAAUGCUGGGAGGAUUGGGACAAGGGAAACAGGUGAAUUGAAAGACAAAUACCAUGGUCGAACUCUGGAACAUAAAGAUGGUACACUUGGCCAGUCACCUCAAGAAGCUAUUAAGAAGAUUGACAAAGACAAGGUAAAAGCAGCACUUGAGAAACGAAAGAAGUCCCGUGGCGACAUAACUAGGAAAACAGACUUCAUGGACGAUGAUGAUCUCAUUGAGAGGGAACUGGAAGAUGGAAUCGAAUUGGCUGCCGAGAGUGAGAAAAUCAAGAGGGAAAGAAAGCAAGGCUGGUCCAAACAUUUGAACCGAACGGAUCAGGAAAAUGCACAUAAUGUGAAGCAUCAAGCUGAGGUUGGAGAUGGGCACCAAGGAAUGAAAGGGCAGGCAUCACGCGGACAAGAUUUGGGCAAUGUGGAAGAAGGAGAAGUGGAAGCGCUUGACGAUGCUGACAGGGGAUAUCGCUCACCAAAGUCCAGUAACCGCAAAAGGAAAGCUAGUAGCCCGGUGGAGGGAAAGCAGCGGCAUGAUCAUAUGCCAGCAUCCCACCACCUUAAUCACCGUGAUUUUCCAGAAGAUCGAAGCAGGUUGGGGAGGCUUGGUCAUUCAGAAAGGGAUCAGAAAAGGCAUGUCCAGGAGAAUCAUGUCUAAAGUGCCCCUGUUUACUGCUUCCUGGAGCAUAUGUUUGAACUACACACUCAAAUGGUCUACAUGUCUGAGCUUAAAGAGAUCGGUUUUACGGAAUUGAUCAUGGGUAUGUUCUAUAUUCCUCAUGAUUUAGCUACUACAGAAUUUUUUUUGUACCGACUAAUGAUUGCUUUGCUCAGGAAAUGACUGAGAAUGCCAUCAAGGAAGCUUCGUUUUAAGAUCGACUGUUGGCCCAACUCCUUUCUAUGCCCCUUUUAAUCAUGUGGGGAAAUUUGCAAGGAUGCAUGUAUGGUGAUUUGAUAUUGGGUCCGUUUUCGCCUGUUUAUUUCGUGAGGCAUUUGGGUGUCACUACCUCUAUUCGAUGAGGGGAAUGACUAAGAAAAUCAAAUUCAGAAAUAUAUAUUAUUGAAGCGAUGGAUGCUUUAGUGUUAUUAGUUAUUGUGUAUUGAUUUAUUACGGAAAGAAAAGAGCAAAUAUUUGACAUUGUUGACAAUAUU